CCUGAAUGCCAUUUUCAUGCCGGCCGACCGCGAGCGCUCCUCGUUGUCUGUUGCUGCCGUCGAAUUCACCCGCCGUCGACGCAUCGGCCUCGAUCAUACCCGCCUCUAUCCAUUCACACAUACACUGAUCGAUCUAUCAAUCGACUGAUCAAGAACAUCUGCCGCCGAUUCGCUCUCAGGGACACCUCCACCCACUUUGCCGAUGCCAGCGCACUCCCUGGCUCCAAGCCGUUUGCGGCUGCCCGUCAUUGUCGCCCCCAUGUUUUUGAUCUCCAACCCAGCCAUGGUUGUGGCAGCUUGUCGGCAAGGGGUGGUGGGCACCUUUCCGGCCCUGAACACCCGCACCGAUACUCAGCUCAAGGACUGGAUCAAGACGAUUCGGCACGAGCUUGGCAGACUCCGGAACAGCCUUCCGGAGCAGCCUGUUGCCCCGUUUGGCGUCAAUCUGAUCGUCCACAAGACCAACAAGCGGCUGGAACAGAACCUCGAGAGCAUCGUGGAGGGACAGGUUCCCCUCGUCAUCACGUCGCUGGGGGCUGCACCGAAUGUCAUCAAUCACAUCCACGCCUAUGGCGGGAAGGUCUUCCAUGACGUCACCAACCUUCACCAUGCCCGCAAAGCCGCCGAGGCUGGUGUCGACGGACUCAUCGUUGUUUGUGCCGGGGCGGGUGGGCAUGCUGGAGUCGCAAGCCCGUUCGCGCUGAUUCCCAAGAUCCGUGCGUUUUUCAAGGGCACUGUUGUCAUGGCUGGGGCUAUUAGCGACGGCGCCGGCAUCCGGGCAGCGCAAGUGCUCGGUGCAGAUCUGGCCUACAUGGGCACCCGAUUCAUAGCCACCCAGGAGAGCGGCGCUCCGGCCGAAUACAAGAGAAUGAUCCUCGAAAGCGAGAUGGGCUCAGCACCGGACUACCUGCCCGUGGUGUACACUGAUCGAAUCAGUGGUAUCCACGCCAACUUCUUGAAAAAGAGCAUCGAGUCGGCAGGCAUCAAGCUGAACGACGCAUCAACCCUGAGCCCGAUCGAAGAUUUUUCAAAGCCCGAGGGCCACAAAGCGUGGAAAGACAUUUGGUCCGCCGGACACGGCGUCAUUGCGAUCAACGAUCUGCCGUCGAUCGAGGGUCUGGUCGGGCGGCUCGAGAGCGAGUACCGCAACAGCACGAUCUGAUGUUGCAAUCGCCUGUACAGUCGGUCCAGAAAGAAAUGGGACAGUCACUUUCUGGCUUCAGCGGCCUGCAGCCUACUGAACUUCCAUAGGCCCAGCGGGCAGGCCGUGAGAUUGUUUCCCGUCCUGGUUGGCAAUCUCUUUGUUUAGGUUGGUUUGGGAAGCACAGUCUUGAAUACACCCGGUCGAUCUCCUGUGGCGAUGAUCGACUGGCAUACCGAGAUCAUGUUCCGUGAGGCAUUGAUGUCUCGAUCCCACAGCGUAUGGCAGCUUGUACAGCUCCGGACAAAGUGUGGUUU